UAAGAAAAUUUGCUGAUUCCUAGAGACAGACAUCAUUGCGGAACCAAAUCAUCACCGAGUCGGUUGUUUAUUUGCUUGUCCAGGUAGCAUACAUAAAAUAGCAAGAAUGUCGAAAGCUGGUUUUCUAGCUCUAGUGGCGGUCGUUUGUCUCACAAAAAUCGAAUGCAGCCCAUUCCAGCGCACGUCCGAAGGCGAAUUGGUUCAACGUCACAGCCGUGACGAACUGCUCCAACUCUUCCAGGAAGAUGUAAAACUUUUCUCAUCCAGUCACAGCAACGAUAUCAGCUCGGAGGAAGUGCUAAAAAAUGUACUGCUGGAUAUGGGUAAAAGUACUACCAUGAGUCCGAACCAGAUUCAACAGAUUCGGAAUCUCAUUCAAAAGUAUACUGCUACUGGAAACUACCAAGUUUGAGGAUGAUACUGUACCAGUGGGUGCAGGAGUUAUUUCAUUUACGUAACAUAAUAUCUAAUCACAUGAAAGCUGUAAAUACUUUGAGACUCAUUUGAAAUUACUUAUAUGCAUACAUUUCAAUAAAAGUACAUACGCGAUGUAUGUGUUCUCACUGCCAUUUCAUAUAA